CAUUCAACUGCUAACAACCAAGAAAUCCAACAUUCAACGUUCCCAAAUAACCAAAAAGGAAUAAAAGAACAAAAAUUCAGCGUUACUCCGACGAAUUGGUUGCCGCGUUUCGGCGAGAAAAGGAGGGAGGGAGAAAAUGAGAUCGGACGUAAUCGGAGACGAAGAGAAAUGGCUGGCGGAAGGCAUCGCCGGCAUUCAACACCAUGCCUUUUACAUGCAUCGCGCUCUGGACGCCAACAAUCUCAGAGACGCCCUCAAAUUCUCGGCCCUGAUGCUGUCGGAGCUCAGAACCUCUCGGCUUUCGCCUCACAAAUACUACGAUCUCUAUAUGCGAGCUUUCGAUGAGCUGAGGAGGCUGGAGAUGUUCUUCAAGGAUGAGAGCAGACACGGCGUUUCGAUCAUCGAUCUCUACGAACUUGUUCAGCAUGCCGGCAACAUUUUACCAAGAUUGUAUCUGCUAUGUACGGUAGGAUCCGUGUACAUUAAAUCUAAGGAAGCGCCGGCCAAGGACGUACUUAAAGAUCUUGUCGAAAUGUGUCGCGGCGUUCAGCAUCCAAUUCGAGGGCUCUUUUUAAGAAGCUAUCUUUCUCAAGUCAGCAGAGACAAGUUGCCUGAUAUUGGUUCUGAGUAUGAAGGGGAUGCUGACACUGUCAUGGAUGCUGUAGAUUUUGUGCUACAGAAUUUUACAGAAAUGAAUAAGCUUUGGGUUCGAAUGCAGUAUCAGGGACCUGGUCAUGUGAGAGAGAAGCGCGAAAAGGAAAGAAGCGAACUUCGUGAUCUUGUUGGGAAAAAUCUCCAUGUUCUCAGUCAGAUAGAGGGCGUGGAACUUGAAAUGUACAAAGCCACUGUUCUUCCUAGAGUAUUAGAACAGGUUAUCAACUGUAAAGAUGAGUUGGCCCAAUAUUAUUUGAUGGAUUGCAUAAUCCAGGUCUUUCCAGAUGAGUACCACUUGCAGACACUGGAGACAUUGUUGGCUGCCUUCCCCCAGCUUCAGCCAACAGUUGAUAUCAAGACUGUGUUAUCUCAAUUAAUGGAGAGGUUAUCAAACUAUGCUGCGUCAAGUACAGAUGUAUUACCUGAAUUUCUUCAAGUGGAAGCCUUCGCUAAAUUAAGCAGUGCCAUUGGGAGGGUGAUAGAAGCACAGAUGGACAUGCCUAUUGUUGGAGCCAUAUCUUUGUAUGUCUCUCUUCUUACAUUUACCCUCCGUGUUCAUCCUGAUCGCCUUGAUUAUGUGGAUCAAGUACUGGGAGCAUGUGUUAAGAAGCUAUCCGGAGAAACCAAGCUUGAAGACCGUAGAGCAACAAAACAGGUUGUUGCACUGUUAAGUUCUCCCUUGGAGAAAUACGAUGACAUUGUCACAGCCCUCACACUUUCUAAUUAUCCUCGAGUUAUGGAAUAUCUUGAUAAUGGAACAAAUAAAGUCAUGGCAAUGGUCAUUAUCCAAAGCAUUAUGAAGAACAACUCUUGUAUCUCCACAGCUGAUAAGGUGGAGGUGUUGUUUGAAUUAAUUAAAGGGCUCAUCAAGGACUUGGAUUCUACUUCUGCAGAUGAGCUUGAUGAAGAGGAUUUUGCGGAUGAACAAAAUUCUGUUGCUCGCCUUAUACACAUGCUUUAUAAUGAUGAUCCAGAAGAAAUGUUUAAGAUCUUAUGUACGGUCAAGAAGCAUAUAAUGAGUGGAGGACCAAAGCGCCUACCUUUUACUGUUCCUCCUCUUAUAUUAUCUGCACUCAAGUUGGUUAGGCGGCUGCAAGGUCAGGAUGGAGAGGUUGUGGGAGAAGAAAUGCCUGCCACACCGAAGAAAAUUUUUCAGACUUUAAAUCAGAUCAUUGAAUCUCUUUCCUCAGUUCCGUCUCCCGAACUGGCCUUAAGAUUGUACUUGGAAUGUGCUGAGGCUGCUAAUGACUGUGAUCUGGAACCUGUUGCUUAUGAAUUCUUCACUCAGGCAUUUAUAUUAUAUGAAGAAGAAGUUGCGGAUUCCAAAGCCCAGGUGACUGCAAUACAUCUCAUUAUUGGGACUCUUCAGAGGAUGAAUGUAUUUGGCGUUGAGAAUCGGGAUACUUUAACACACAAGGCUACAGGAUAUUCAGCAAAGCUUUUGAAGAAACCUGAUCAGUGCCGAGCGGUGUAUGCAUGUUCACAUCUUUUUUGGGUAGAUGAUCAGGAUGGUGUUAAAGAUGGAGAAAGGGUCUUGCUUUGUUUAAAACGCGCAUUGAGAAUUGCAAAUGCUGCUCAACAGAUGGCCAGCGCAACGCGGGGUAGCAGCGGGCCAGUCACACUCUUUGUUGAGAUACUGAACAAGUACCUCUACUAUUUUGAGAAAGGAAACCCCCAGAUUACAAGUGCUGCAAUCCAGGGAUUGGUGGAUUUAAUUAAAAAUGAGAUGCAAAGUGACUCUGCAAACCCGAAUCCAGCCCCAGAUGCAUUCUUCGCCAGCACAUUGCGGUACAUACACUUCCAAAAACAGAAAGGUGGGGUGAUGGGCGAGAAAUAUGCGUCUAUCAAGGUCUGACUCGUCUGCAUGGAUUCUAAAAUUUUAGGCCAAGAGAGUUUGGGGUUGAGAGGAAGAACAAUGUGGAGAGGCGGCGAGCGAGCGUAAUCUAUGGAAAAUGCCCCUGGAUCCUACAUUAGGAACUUUGUACAGUUUCGAAUUCGUUUCCUCUCUCCCUCAAGGCAGUUGCUUUGUUUAUAGGAGAAACAACUUCUAGCGUGCUAAAAUUCUACAUCAAGUUUGGGUUUGCCGUUGGUUCUCUCUUUUUCUGGGGCAACCGAGUAGUAUCAUUGGACUGAAGGUUUGCCAUUGUUUGUCCUGGGAAGCUUGUUAUUUAUUAUUUAGUUUUCUUUUUUUUGGUAAAAUUAAGUGUUAAUUUUAUUGGGAAUGAUAUUGGUAAAUUCGAAGUCAAUUAGUCCUUUUCUUUUA